GGUUAUGCUACUAACUAGGUGGACUAGUUUUUAGAACUUCAAAGUUGAAAGAAAAUGCCCCGCAUGACCACCCCACCUGGUAGCCGCCAUAACCUUUAGAACACAUUGUUUGGUAGCAGCCCUGAAGGCAGGUACGAAUAUUAUGGACUUAUAGGCAUAAAUGCUCACUGUGAUUGAAUUAUUCUCAGGUGUCUCAGCACACAUUUAAUGCAAUAGGCACACAAAAAUCACACUCCACCCGUUUUUGGUUUUUUUUUUCUUAAUGCCCAAUCCCCAUCAGCCCUCUUUUUUUUCUCCUUUCAACAUCAACAAUAACACCUUCGCUGACCUUGCUUUUGCAACUUUGCAAUAAACCCUCCCGUCGAUCGAUUCAUCAUGCCUCCUAAGAAACAAUGGGACGAGGAAGAGGAAGAUGGAAGCACCCCUCCGUCUUCCCCACCUCCUGGUGUUCUCCGUCGCAAAUUCGAUGAUGAAGAGGGCGACGAUAGUGAUGUCCUCGAAUCCUGGGACGCUGCUGAAGACUCGGAAGUGGAGCGAGAGAAGGCUAAGAAGGCUGCCGAGUUAAAGGCUAAGGCUGACGCUGAAGCUGCCGCGAACAAAAAGUCUAAGGCUCAGCGCAUUAAGGAACGCCAGGAGGAGCGAGCGCGUCGCUUAGCUGCAGGCGAGGAUGACUCGGGCGAAGAAGAAACAGAGGCAGAGCGUCGCGAGCGAAUUCGACAAACCGAGAAAGAGUCUGACUUGAAGCAUGCUGAGGACCUUUUCGGUGAUGCCGGCAUCAGCCUGAGCAAUGGACGCAAGGCCACUACUGUUGGUUCCGCUGUUUCUGUCGACCCUACCGACCCAACCAAGACUGUCGAUCUUGCCUCUUUACCCCUUUUCAACCCACAGACCAAGACCCAGUUCGAGAAUUUACGCAACACUAUAGUUCCGAUCAUUGGUGGCAAUCACAAGAAGGCGCAUUAUGCCUUGUUCCUACAGGAGUUCACUAAGCAGCUUGCUAAGGAACUCCCCAGUGAUCAGAUCAAGAAGGUUGCCAGCACUCUUACUGCUCUAGGCAAUGAGAAGAUGAAGGAGGAAAAGGCUGCCGAAAAGGGUGGCAAGAAAACCAAGGCACAAAAGACCAAGGCCAGUGUCGUUACUACCCGAGCCAACACGACUGAUACUGGUGCUUACGAGGAGGACUUUGGAGACGACGACUUUAUGUGAACAGGGUACAUAGGUAUCAGAUCUUUCUUCACAGCCUACGUUAAAACGCCGUCUCCAAAGCUAUCCCGACGGCCGUCCCUGCUCCAAAGGGUUAAUGCCACGGUGGAUUGCUUGGAGUUAUACCCUAGCCUGCAACGGAUAGCAAUCUGUAGUACUGCAAUUUACUCUUGCUCCUCUAAACUCCAAUUUACUUCCCCCUUUUAUACCCUAUACCCUAUACCCCAUACCCCAUACCCCUGACUUUAUCCCAUGAUUUCUCGGGCGCUAGAGCUGGAGAGGAUCGUUCCCUGCCGGUAGGAAUAGGUGGCCAACUACGAAUGUGAUUAGCUAGGGAUAGCUAUAAGAUAGGCCAGUCAAUCAAAGAUUGGAAUCAGAAGUUCAGGGAAAACGAGAAUUGAAGAACUCUGUUUUGCAUUCUCCAUUGCGCAUCGAACAAAGCCGAGCCGCGCUGAAGGGAGGGCUUCCGGGAAAUAGUUGGCAAUCGACUAGGUGGCUUGGUGACGAAUGAGAAAGAGGCUUGAUUUUACCCUAGGCUAGGUAGCUACAGACAGAUCAGAUCGCAGAGAGAAUCCAAAAUAUGCUUGCUAUGCAUAUCAUAUCAUAUCA